AUGGCAUUCAACAGUGCACCUUUCAUCACUUGCAAGAAAGAUUUAGGUCAUUUUGCUUUUCCUUCAUCAUCAUCACCAUGGUCGUCGUCGUCCUUUAAAAUUGAUUGGAGAGUAGAGAAAUGCAAGAAAACAACAUCGAAGAAGAUUGUUUCAGUUGCUUCAACGGAGAAGAAACGCAGUCCUUGUGCAAGUGGCUCAAUCGAAAAUGCAAUGACAGCGACAGAGAAGAUACUGGCGAGAGCUGCUGAGAAAAGGGAGGUGAGGGCAGGGGAGAACGCGUGGGUUAAUGCGGAUGUUUUGAUGAUCAAUGAUAUCACUUGUCCAGGUGUGUCUGGGAUCUUCAAGAAAGAGUUUGGUAACACUGCCAAGGUUUGGGACCGUGAAAAGAUUGUUGUUAUCCCUGAUCAUUACAUAUUCACAAAAGAUGAACGCGCACACCGAAAUGUGGAUAUUGCAAGAGACUUCUGCAUGGAGCAGGACAUUAGGUACUUUUAUGAUAUUCAAGAUCGCAGUAAUUUUAGGGCGAAUCCUGAUUAUAAAGGUGUUUGUCACGUUGCUCUAGCACAGGAGGGUCAUUGCAGACCUGGAGAGGUCUUGUUUGGUACCGAUUCUCACACCACAUCAGCUGGAGCAUUUGGCCAGUUUGCCACAGGAGUGGGUAACACUGAUGCAGCUUUUAUACUUGGGACAGGGCAGAUCUUACUCAAGGUGCCUCCAACAUUAAGAUUUGUGCUGGAUGGUGAAAUGCCCAGCUGUUUGCUUGCAAAGGAUUUAAUUUUGAAUAUCAUUGGUGAAAUAUCUAUGUCUGGUGCAACAUAUAAAACGAUGGAGUUUGUUGGGACCACUAUUGAAAGUCUAACUAUGGAAGAAAGGAUGACACUGUGCAACAUGGUUGUAGAAGCUGGAGGGAAAAAUGGUAUUGUUGCUGCUGAUAGGACCACAUACAAAUACCUUGAGGACAAGACUUCCACACCCUAUGAGCCAGUUUUUAGUGAUGAGAAAGCAAGAUUUCUAGCCCAGUAUAGAUUUGAUGUAUCAAAGAUGGAGCCAUUGGUGGCAAAGCCACAUUCCCCUGAUAAUCGUGCUUUGGCAAGAGAAUGCGACAACGUGAAAAUUGACAGAGUAUACAUUGGAUCAUGCACUGGUGGGAAGACUGAAGAUUUUAUGGCUGCUGCAAAACUUUUCUUAGCUGGUGGGAAAACUGUCAAAGUUCCUACUUUUCUUGUUCCUGCUACCCAAAAGGUUUGGAUGGACUUAUACACACUUGAGGUACCUGACUCAGGUGGCAAGACUUGUUCACAGAUAUUUGAAGAAGCUGGGUGUGAUCCACCUGCAAGUCCUAGUUGUGCUGCAUGUAUGGGUGGCCCAAAAGAUACAUAUGGACGCUUGAAUGAACCCAAGGUCUGUGUGUCAACAACAAAUCGAAAUUUCCCUGGUCGGAUGGGGCACAUGGAAGGCCAGAUAUAUCUUGCGUCUCCAUAUACUGCAGCUGCAUCUGCACUAACUGGUUUCGUAACUGAUCCCAGGAGGUUUUUGUAG